UGCACCUCCCUUUAAUCGAACUUCUACCCAAAUGCAUGUCCAAAGACCUACUAAGCCCAAUUCUAACGGGUCCCGGAGUUAUUAUCCCAGAGAAAAGCGCGACAUCUCCCCCGCUCGAGUUCUCAGUUGUAAACUUCCGUCAUCCGUGGUACACAAUACAAAAAGAACCCUGCAACUCGCCUGUUAUCGAAGAGCACCAUGGCAGGUGGACAAACUGAGAGAGAAGACAAGGUCUCACUAGAGACCACUGAAGAAAUCCUACAGAGCAUGGAAGUCGGCAUGACAUUUCGCGAUUAUAGUGGUAGAAUCAGUUCAAUGGAUUUCCAUAAGACAUCAAAUUUUUUGGUGACAGCCAGUGAUGAUGAGUCCAUACGUUUAUAUGAUGUUGCAAAUGCAACAUGUUUGAAGACUAUUAAUAGCAAAAAGUACGGGGUCGAUCUGGUUAGCUUCACUUCUCAUCCAACAACUGUAAUAUACUCCUCCAAGAAUGGAUGGGAUGAAUCUCUACGACUUCUUUCAUUGCAUGACAACAAGUACUUGCGGUAUUUCAAGGGUCAUCGUGACAGGGUCGUCUCUCUUAGCUUAAGCUCUAGAAAGGAGUAUUUUAUAUCUGGCUCACUUGAUCGAACUGUUCUACUUUGGGAUCAAAGAGCUGAGAAAUGCCAGGGCCUUCUUCGAGUGCAAGGAAGACCAGCUACUGCUUAUGAUGAGCAAGGCCUUGUAUUUGCUAUUGCUUUUGGAGGAUAUAUAAGGAUGUUUGAUGCACGCUAUUUUGAAAAGGGACCUUUUGAAAUUUUUUCUGUUGGUGGAGAUGUAUCUGAUGCUAACAUCGUUAAGUUCAGUAACGAUGGGAGACUUGUGCUUUUGACAACUAUGGAUGGGCAUAUUCAUGUGCUUGAUUCUUCCCGUGGCACACUUUUAUCAACAUAUAAUGUACAGCCUGUUCCAAGUAGUUCAACAUUGGAGGCAUCUUUCAGUCCAGAAGGAAUGUUUGUUAUAUCAGGAUCAGGUGAUGGUAGUGUCUACGCUUGGAGUGUCCGGAGCGGUAAAGAAGUAGCCAGUUGGAUGAGUACAGAUACUGAACCACCUAUGAUCAAGUGGGCUCCAGGAAGCUUAAUGUUUGUGACCGGUUCUUCUGAGCUUUCAUUUUGGAUCCCAGACUUGUCAAAAUUAGCAGCUUAUGUGGGAAGAAAAUAGAGGAAUUUCAUACUGUAGUCCAUGUGUUGGGAAGUGAUAACAAGGCCACCAAAACCUAUGGGAUUGUUCCUCCUGAGCAUUAUCUGCAUGACGUUAGGAUUUGACAGAUCAUAAUGCAUGCUCCUCAGAGUGCUUUCUGAAGUUGAACACUGGACGAUCAGUGUCGGCUACAAAAAAAUCAGUUGUUGGGAGGUCAAAGGAUUGGUCUAGCUGAGAUCUGUGGUGGUAUAGUUUUAUUAUUGAAUUGAUUUGUCAUGAAACUUUAUUUGAUUGUUUGAAGACCACAUAGUGUUUUGUCACAAAUGAAACUUCUAACACUUGGGCUAUCAUAUGAUCAAUGAGAUUGGACUUUCGGGUGCUCCGCCUCCUAGUAAGUCUCGAUUCAUCCUGCUGUGUCUGGAGAUGAGGCAUCUGCAGAGACAUUCUGAUGCUGUACCACCGAUGGCAUUAGCUGAUUACCCUCUAACAUUUCAAGAUAAAAAGUAAAAGAAAAGAGGAAAUUGAUAUUAUCGAUAUCAGGUAUUGUGCUGUAGGUAAAUUAGAUGGUCUUUCCAUAUUUGGUUCUUGUAAAUUACUUGAUCUGACUCAAUUAUCUUCCUAAUGUUCCGUU